CCAACCAUCGAUUGAAAGGAUGUCCGCAAUCAAGACGUUUCACCGAAAGACGAAGAAGGGAUCCGUUGUGAAAGUGGUUCGCGAACACUAUCUCCGCGAAGACAUCCAUUGCGGCCGCGAGUCGUGCGCCGACUGCCAGCCAUUCAAACAGUCUUCGGACAGUCCUUUCGCGCCGAAGGCCUACUUGAGUGACAGUCCGCGGGUCGGCGUCAGUGCAGUCACACCACUCGCCCACUAUGUGGUGCCCGACUUCGGUGUGGUCUACAGCCAACUCGAUGUCAUAAUCGACCCGUACUUCGGCUGCGAUAUAAUACUGAUGCAAACGGUUUGGGAUGAGAUCAAGAGAAACAUCACUAUCAAGAGAAACAUCACUGUCUUCUCGCAGAUCAAGCAAGUGAUGGCCGAAAAGCGGUUUUACGUUUUCCUCAAUGAAUACAAUAAAAACACGUUUAGUGAACGCGUUUUCGGCGAAUCCAUCGCCGAAUAUAAGCAACGGUUAGUGGUUUCGGCCGCGGAAUGGCUUCAAUCGCAUCUCAAAGACAUUCAAUUGGUUUUAAUCGUUAACUCAAAUGAAAUGAAGUUAAAGUCAGAGUCGAUUCAAUGCUUUCCUAUCGAUAAAUACGUGAAGAGUCUUAAAGAUAGCGUCAAUUUAGUGGACAAAUUGGCCGAUAUGUCCACCACUGGAGAGUACGCCAAAGAUAUCAAACUGAUCUUUGAUGAACACUUGGGUUUAGAUGCGAUCCAAUCGGGGAUCAAAUCGGGGACAUAUUUUCAGGGAAAGUAUUAUACGAAUCGAUUAAACUAUUUGGAGGGCUUUGUUAUGAUUGCGCGUAAUGGCGAAGAACUCAAUGUCUUAAUACAGGGAAGCCUUCGUAUCAAUCGUGCCAUUAGUGACGACAUCGUCGCCAUUGAAUUGUUGCCCGAAAGCGAGUGGACAUCGAAAUCAGAUGUUGUUUUAGAGGUGAACGAAGAUUUGGAAGAUAACGGAGACAAUCGUGAAGAUAGGGAAGAGAGCGUUAUCUUCAAGAAGGAGGACACCUCUACGAAGACGCCGAUGGGUCGAGUGGUGGGCAUAAUCAAGAGAAAUUGGAGACAGUAUUGCGGUGUUCUUCAUGAGCGCAAUGAGAAUUUGAACACAUCUUCGGUGUCCAGUCGUCACCUAGUUAUUCCGUUUGACCGGAAAAUCCCGUUUAUUCGGAUUGAAACGCGUCAAUACGAGCACUUGGAGCGCAUGAAAAUUGUGGUGGCGAUCGACUCGUGGCCGCGGGAUUCCAAGUAUCCAAAAGGACAUUACGUGCGGUGUGUGGGCGCCGCCGGAACCAAAGAGACCGAGACUGAAGUGAUUCUUCUGGAGAACGACAUCCCGCACAUGGAGUUCUCCAACGAUGUUAUGAAAUGUUUGCCAAAAGAGGGCCGCGAAUGGAAAGUAUCUGAAGAGGAUCUCGUGAAUCGAACCGAUUUGCGAGGCGAAGCCAUUUGUUCGGUGGAUCCGCCCGGUUGUACAGACAUCGAUGACGCUCUCCAUUGCAAAGACAUCGGUAACGGUCUCUUUGAAAUCGGUGUUCACAUCGCAGAUGUCUCUCAUUUUAUUAAACCGAAGACAGCUCUGGACAGAGAGGCGGCCGACAGGGGAACCAGUGUUUAUUUGGUCAAACAUCGCAUUGAUAUGAUUCCCACUCUCUUGAGUUCGGACUUGUGUUCACUGCGCGAAGACGUGGAUCGGCUGACGUUUAGUGUCAUUUGGACGCUCGACGCCAAGACCGCUGAGAUAAAGACCACAAAGUUUGUGAAGUCAGUGAUCAGAUCGCGAGCUUCUCUGACCUACAGGGAGGCGCAGAAUCGGAUCGAUUCGCCGCAUAUGAACGAUGAUGUGAGCCGUGGUUUGCGCGGACUCUUGCAAAUAUCCAAAAUCCUGAACCGUAAGCGCAUAGAAGGCGGAGCUCUAGUCCUCGCGAGCGCUAAUGAGAUUAGGUUCGUCGACACGGAUUCCGAAACGCAUGAGAACCCGAAUCCUGAGGAUCAGAAUCCUGAGAAAGGGCUUAAGAUUGAGGCCAAACAGAUCUAUGAGACGAACUCAAUGAUUGAAGAGUUCAUGUUAUUGGCCAACAUAUCGGUGGCCAAUAGGAUAUAUGAAGAGUUUCCGAGUUUAUCGCUAUUACGCCGUCACCCGAAGCCGAGUUCGUCCAACUUCGAGGAGCUGUUGGGUUGCGCCAAAAGCAAGGGAUAUAAUAUGGAUGUAUCGACCGGUAAAUCACUGGCGGAAAGUCUUAACAAAGCCAUUGAUCCGGAAAAUCCAUUUAUGAACUUAAUGUUCCGAAUGGUUACCACCAGAUGUAUGACUCAAGCGCUGUAUUUCUGUAGCGGUUCGCUGGCCGGCGACACAGAGGAAUUUGGCCACUAUGGUUUAGCGACGCCUAUAUAUACACACUUUACGUCUCCCAUCAGACGAUACGCCGAUCUUAUGGUUCACCGAUUGCUAAGUCAUGUGAUUGAAUACGAGGCCAUCGAUGCCUCACUUCUAAACCAGAAGAAAAUGCACGAACUCUGCGAACAAAUCAAUUUCCGCAACAAAAUGGCCCGACAGGCGAGCCGUUCCUCUAAUGAACUGCAUUCCCAUCUGAUUAUCAAAGACCACACCUCAAGUGGUGAACCCUUAGAAGAAGAGGGAUAUAUCAUAUAUGUUAAGAAGAAUGCACUUCAGAUAUUUAUACCACAUUUGGCCCUCGAAUUGACCUAUUUCUUAGAGCCCAAAGAGGACUGGAUCUACAAUGAGUUUGAGUUAACGCAACAGUAUUUGCCGUUGAAAUACACAAUCAAACUGUUUGAUAAGUUAAAGGUUCGCUUAUCUGUCAAUGAAAACGCGUUGUCUCUCAGAAGUAAACUCGUCAUUGAAUUAAUUGAACCGUUUUGUGUCGAAAAGCAACCAAAAGAGAAGUCUAAUAAGAAGUUAAAGAAAGUU